AUAGCCCCAGAAUGUCAUCCAGCUCCUGCUUCCAUGAUAAAAGGACAUCCUUAUACCUGAUGUGAGAAGCCGUGUGUGGUGAGGAGUUGAGCUGUGCCUUCCAGAAUUUGACCUCCAGGUGUGAGUGGGUCCAGCAGGAGACAUGGCUGCCAAAGUGUUUGAGUCCAUUGGCAAGUUCGGCUUGGCCUUAGCUGUUGCAGGAGGCGUGGUGAACUCUGCCUUGUAUAAUGUGGAUGCUGGACAUAGAGCUGUCAUCUUUGAUCGGUUCCGUGGAGUGCAGGACAUUGUCGUAGGGGAAGGGACUCACUUCCUCAUCCCUUGGGUACAGAAACCAAUUAUCUUUGACUGCCGCUCUCGACCACGUAACGUGCCGGUGAUCACUGGUAGCAAAGAUUUACAGAAUGUCAACAUCACCCUGCGCAUCCUCUUCCGGCCGGUUGCCAGCCAGCUUCCCCGCAUCUUCACCAGCAUCGGAGAGGACUAUGACGAGCGCGUGCUGCCGUCCAUCACGACAGAGAUCCUCAAGUCCGUGGUGGCUCGCUUUGAUGCUGGAGAACUGAUCACCCAGAGAGAGCUGGUCUCCAGACAGGUGAGCGAUGACCUCACAGAGCGAGCAGCAACCUUUGGGCUCAUCCUGGAUGACGUAUCCCUGACGCAUCUGACCUUCGGGAAGGAGUUCACAGAAGCGGUAGAAGCCAAGCAGGUGGCUCAGCAGGAAGCGGAGAGGGCCAGAUUCGUGGUGGAAAAGGCUGAGCAGCAGAAGAAGGCAGCCAUCAUCUCUGCGGAGGGUGACUCCAAGGCCGCGGAGCUGAUCGCCAACUCGCUCGCCACCGCAGGCGAUGGCCUGAUCGAGCUGCGCAAGCUGGAGGCCGCAGAGGACAUCGCAUACCAGCUGUCCCGCUCUCGGAACAUCACCUACCUGCCCGCCGGGCAGUCGGUGCUCCUCCAGCUGCCCCAGUGAGGCCCGCCCGCCUGCUCCUCCUGGGGCAGCUGGACCACUGCCCGAUGAUCCUCUACACCACCUUCCUUCCGCCCCCGCCCCAGAAAUCACUGUGAGACUUCAUGAUUGGCUUCAAGUGAAGGAAAUAAAAGUUAGAUCACCUCAGAUCUGUAAUUACUCUAUCUAAACUGAAGCUCUUUCAUUCUUAUUUCCAUCCCCUUUUUUAUCCCCCUCCCUACCAAAAAUUGCCAGGUGCCUCCACAGACCAUCCUGGCUCCCCUCUUUGGCCUGCUGGCGCCCAGCCUAGGCACUGGCAGUUGACAGAAGGAAGGCAGGGCUGUAUGUGUGAGAAGCUGGGAGCACAGCGGGCAGCCGUGUAGCCUCCAACCUGUGGUUUAUUCACAGUUGGAGGAAGAUGGCACACACAGCAGAACUGUGAACACAGGCCUCAGUUCUCUCCAGCGGUUCCUGCACAGACCGAGCUGAAGGCAGGUGCUGGGGAGGCGCAGAGAGGAAGCGAUCUGUCUCUUGCCAUCAGGCUGAUUGUCUAACUGGGGCCAGCGGAAGCAGGUGUGUACAGACAGCGAGGAUUGAAGAAUCUACCCUGUGAAGGUGGGUGGGCCUGAUUUGCUGCCCCCCCGGGGUCCUAAGACUGGAAUGGACUUGGCUAGUGAGAGAGCAGGCCUGGACCGAGAUGCGAGUCCUGUAGACUUCCUCUCCGCCUCCCACCUUGGUGUCUCAAAUACCCGGUGGAAUUCCAGCUUGAAGGAUUGCAUCCUGCCGGGGCUGCACAUGCCUGCUAAGGACGUGCGCAUCCUGCGUUCCUGGCCCCCUCGUUCAGAGACUGCCCUCCUAGAGGGCUCUGCCUGUGCCUUGAAGGAAAUGACCACAAGAAGAAAACAGUUGUGUGUAAACCGCUGUCAAUAAAUGACACCCAGACCUUCCA